AUGCAAAAUAAAUAACUUGUAACCAGAACCACUACAAGACGAAAUUUACUACAAUCUUAGAGUGUUCUCGAGUAAUCACUUAAAUCCUCAAUUUUGUAAAAGUCCAAUUUCCAAUUACAAAUACAAUCGCAAGUAAUUUCCAACAACAAUAAUCCAAAUUACGAGGACAAAUAAAAUUCACAGAAUCCUUACUUCAAUGAUUUGAGCGGUAUUAGUCACGAUUCAGAAAAUGACAUUUUUAGAGAUUGUCCUACUUAUAAAAAUGGUCCCAAGUCUACAGGAUCACUCAAAUCCAGAUCAAAAAUACUCAAUUAAAUGGCAUACAUCACUCAAAAAAUGAUCCCUGACUUCCAAAGAGGACUCUAAUUGAUUUCGCAAGCCGAGGAUAAAGUCCUUGAUUUUCGAGUCGAACAAAGUGAAUAACCAGUGCGUAUAAGCAGUCAACAACUUGGUCUCGGAGAAAUCAUGAUUAAUUAUCAACAAGACAAACAUCCUAUUGAAUUGCGACCAGAAUUGUGGAAUGUGCAAUCAGUCAGACAAAUGGAAUUUUACUAUUAUAAACUGCGUUCCAAAUAAUAACCAGUCCCUCUGCAGUUUUAUAUGAAUUAAAGUGAAACCACAAAUUUCAAAAUUUUCGUAUCUUCUGUCAAUCCCUUCCCAACCAAAUUCUCCUGUGAUCAGAUCAUUUCAGUCAAGGGAUGGAAAUAUAAAAUAGAUGAAUCUAAAACAUUUCAUUGCGAUUACAUUUACAUUAGUAUGGUUUGUGAUUUAGAUACCUAAGUCAAACUUAAGUUUUAGUUUGGUAAUAGACUGUUGAAAAGACCUUAAACUAUUUCAAGGAAAAUUGAACCCUCCUCAUUAUUGAUACGAAGUGUUCAUCAUUAGUAAUUGGAAAGAAUGAAUUCCGAUUUAUUAAACGCUUAAGUGGCUGAGAUUAAGAAAAGAAGAAAAGAGAAAUUGAGAUCACGUGGGAUUUUUAAGGAUCUAAUCAAAGAAAAUAUUCAGAAAGUAAUUGAAUAUAAUGAAGAACACUAAAGAAGCUUUAGAGAACUAAAAAAGACCUAAGGAGAUAACAGAAUAGAGGAUGUGUUAUGUAGAAAAAAGCUGAUGAGUCAAAAUGAAUAGUAAAGGAAAGAAUAUUCAUAAAAAACUAAAGAAUUAAGUAAAAUUAUUCGAUAGAGACACAAUUUUGUUUUAUCAAAAAAGAAUCUCAAAAAUAGAGUUUGUACACAUUGGUUUAAUAGUAUUUACUUAUCUCUAAUUUGUACUAAGAUUUAUUUUAUGUUUUAACAUAAAAUUGAAGCUUAAAAUCAAUCUACCUUGAUGGCAUUUUAGGUUAAAAGAAUAAUGAAACGAAUUCAUAAAAGAUUAAGUGCAAUAAAGGGAGUUACUAUUUAUGAUCGAGUGUUUUUCGAUGUUAAAUUAGUAUUGCAAGGUUUUUGCAAGGCCGUAUAUUCGAAGUAGGUUAAGUUGCAUAUGGAGAAGAUUAUACCGCAUUUAAAAACAAGAGCUGAAAUUUAUCAUCUAAAGAGUUAAGUGCUCAUUACUAAUCUUAAAAUUUCAAAGAUUCGAAUGAUGUUUUUAGAGUUUUUGUUAAGAUACAAAUCUUAUAAAUAGAUGCUUCAUAAUAUCUGGAAUAAAUAUUUUAAAGAAUAAUUCUUGAAGUAUUAUAAUGGAUUAGAUCAAUCAAAAAAAGGAACUUAUCAACCAUACAUCAUUUAAUUAUAAAAUCAAGAUUAUUUCAUACAACUUUAAAGUGUAUUUAUUGAAACUUAUAGUAAAGAUAAAUUAAGGAAAUAUUUAAAAGAUAUGAGUGUCUAUGCCAAAUAUCUGAAAAAACUGAGAUCGCAGAAGUAUAACAAAACAAAGAGAAGAGAUAUUGCCAACGAAUAGAUCUUACAUUCGCCUCGAAUGUUUCAAUUACCAACUUAUGAUGAUGUCUUGGAAUAUCUCCCUUUGCUUGUGGUUAACACUAAUAAAGGAGAUUUAAGGACUUCGCAAUAGAUGCAACAAUCGUAAAUGCCUUUGAUACAAGAGUCUUAGGAGAAAAAAAAGAAGCAUGCAAAAUCAAAAAAAUGA